CAGCCAGUGAUUCACAACUACCGAGGACUUUGAAUAGAUAUAGUUACUCCCCUUGUCUUGGAUAUAAUUUUUGCGAAGGCGCUGAACGUGAGCAUAAAAAGAGUUGAAGUUAAACCAAUUUGUGUAAUUAUACAACUUUUAACAACAUCAUGUCUGGAAAAGAAGGAGGAAAGAAACAUGCUGUAAAAGAACAGAAAAACCACAAAGAAGAUGAACAUAACAAAGCCGGUAAACAAAAACAUAAAGAAGAACCCAAAAAUGGCACAGGUCCCAAAGCACCAAAACAUAAAGAAGACAAAGCAGAAAAACAUCAUGAUGCACCACACAAAGAAAAACAUCAAGAUGGACCACACAAAGAAAAACAUCAAGGUGCACCACCCAAAGAAAAACAUCAAGAUGCACCACACAAAGAAAAACAUCAAGAUGCACCACACAAAGAAAAAGGUGGAAAAAAAACUGGAAAGAAAUGACAAUAAAUUCUUAUAAAUUAUUACAUCAUCUCCAUUCUACAUUCUACAUCAGAACACUCAUCUUCUAUUUGUCAUGGUGAAAGUGAAAUGUGAAAAGACGUUCUAGACAAUUUUACAAUAUUAAUACAUGUAUUACUGUUCAUUUUUAUUCUUUAAAUUAAUAAAGUGAAAAAAAACCACCAAAAA